UUCUCAUUCCAAACAUAACCAAAGCCCUUUUCACAGUUAACACCUACUUUUAGUUUUGAAGGUUUAGUUAUGGCUUCUUUCAGAGGCUCAAUCUUUAUUGCUUUCUUCAUUGCUUUGACAUUUUCAAGCAUGGAUGUUGGCUUAGCGGCUCGCCAUCUCCUGCAAUUGCCUCCAUUGCCUUCUAUGCCAAAUCUACCGAAGCCUGCAUUGCCGCCUAUGCCUACAAUUCCAACUCUCCCACAGCCUACUUUGCCAACUUUACCAACCACUCAACCUUCUUUGCCUAAGCCUACUCUGCCACCGCUUCCAAGCUUGCCCACCAUCCCUGCUGCUCCAAAGCUCACUUUGCCUCCAUUGCCAACAACAAUUCCCUCUAUUCCAUUCUUCUCCCCACCACCAGCUGGAAACUAGUGCGAGAAAAUAUGCAUUUUGUAUGAAUAUAAGGGACUAUUGUGAUUUGUUUUGAUCAUCCAUAUACUAAGGAUGCAUCUCCUUGCUUCAUCUCUUUAUUGUGAUUAUUCUUUUUUCUUUUUUUAGCAGCAUAAUGUAUACCUAUUUCUCUGUUUGUCUGUAUUUGAUAUAGUUUCCUCUGUUUUCUGGAUAA